AUGAUGAGAUUCAUAGAUGGAUAUGAAAAAUUCGAGCGUAAAAGGGAUAUGGAGUACUCUCUCCUGCUCACUCUCACCAUUGAAAUCAUCGUCACAAUCACUGGAUACUACACAAAUAAAACUGAGCAAUCCAUGGAAGUUGUCACUGAGCUAUUUCACCUCUUCUGGAUUCUGAAUCUCAUUGUCGCCGCGUUUUUCAUAAUUGUCUCCGAUCCAAUCUCUUACGGUCAAAUGAUCACAUCCGUUUUUGUCGUUGGAUUCUGUCUUCUGGAGUUCUUAUACCUGGUUAAUGGGCUCUCCAGGGAGCAGAUGACCUACCCGGGAAAAUGGAUUACUGUCGCCACCAAAAAAUGGAAUAACGACGCUUCUGAAGACGUUGAAACCGCCCGUGCCGUUCAAUUUGAAAAAGAUAUUUCUGAGAAUUCUGAAGAAGACGUUGCGAUUCAGAAUUCAAAAAUUCAAAAUUCAGAGGAUUCUGAAGACGAGGACUACAAAACUGACGGACACCAAACUGACGCUGAAUCGAUUUUUGACUAUUUUUCCGCUUCUGAAGGCGAUUUGAGAAUUUUGUGA